AUGAAACAAGACAUUUUGUGUGACAUAGGGGAGUUUCACUGUCACGACCAGGAGACCUGCAUCCCCGAGGCGUGGCUCUGUGACGGCGAACCGGACUGCCCCAAUGCUUCCGACGAAACGGACGAAAGUUGCGCGCUGGAGGUGGCGCUGAGAUGUCCCCUCAACCACAUGCAGUGCAUCGGGACCAAGAGGUGCAUCCACUUCAACAAGCUGUGCAACGGGGCCCGGGACUGCGAGGACGGCUACGACGAGGGCGUGCACUGUCGAGAGCUCCUAUCGGCAUGCCACGAGCUCCACUGCCGAUACGGCUGUGUCAUGACGAGGAACGGCACCUUCUGUUUCUGCGCUGAUGGCUUCGAGGUCGGUGAGGAUGGGACGAGCUGCAGAGAUCAUGAUGAAUGUGCCUUGUAUGGCGCGUGCAGCCAAACCUGCAUGAACACCUACGGGUCAUACAGAUGCAGCUGCACAGAGGGAUACAUCCUGCAGCCUGACAGGACGUCCUGCAAAGCCAAACAAGAGACUGGUGACAGCCCUCCGGUGCUUCUCAUUGGAGGCACAGAUCAUAUUAUCAGCUCUCAGCUGGACGGAUCAGGCCUGCACCCCCUGAGGUCAAUGGAUACAAACGGGAGCCUGGCAAUGGAUUUCUGGCACAGCCAGAACACCACAUGCUGGGUUUUAUCUACAGAGUCCUCUGGGCAGCUUCGCUGUGCUAAGAUGAGAAAUCUGCGUGACUUCACACAAGAACAGGAAGUGAAAAUGCUGCAAAGUUUGCAAAAUGUUGAAUAUAUGGCCGUUGACUGGCUGACAGGCAACUUCUACUUUGUAGACCGAGUCAGUGACAGGAUAUUUGUCUGUGACUAUGGUGGGGACACGUGUGUUACUAUCCUACACCUCGACUUGGUGAAUCCUAAAGGAAUAGCUGUGGAUCCUCUCAUGGGGAUGCUAUUUUUCACCGACUAUGGCAACGUGGCCAAGGUGGAACGGUGUAACAUGGAUGGCACCAACCGGACCCGGCUGGUGGAUUAUAAGACGGAGCAGCCCGUUGCGGUGGCGCUGGACCUUGUUAAGAAGCUGGUGUACUGGGCGGACACCUACCUGGAUUACAUCGACGUGGUGGAUUACAAUGGCAAGAACAGACACACCGUCAUCCAUGGGAGCCAGGUGUCAUACGUUUACGGAUUAGCCCUGUUUGAGGACUACCUGUAUGCUACUCACGCUGACCCCUCCAAAGGGACCACCGCUGUGGAACUACUGCGGAUCCAUAGGUUCAACAUCACAGCAGAGCCCAGGACACUCACCAGCCUGGUGAACUCGAGAGGAAUCCGUGUUUAUCACAAGCUCACACAGCCAAAAGUCAGAAGUCACGCGUGUGAGACUGAUGUCUAUGGGAAGCCUGGGGGAUGUUCCCACAUCUGCCUGCUGAGCGGCAGCUACAAGUCCAGAACUUGCCGCUGUCGGACAGGCUAUAGCCUCGGCAGUGAUGGACAGUCCUGUAAAAAGCCGAAAAACGAUCUCUUCCUGUUCUACGGUAAGGGGCGUCCUGGGGUCAUCCAAGGUCUGGAUAUGAAUGUGAAGUCCAGUGAUGAGCACAUGGUACCGAUUGAGGACCUGGUCAAUCCCCGAGCAAUUGACUACCACGCAGAAUCGGGACACAUCUAUUUUGCUGAUACAACCAGUUUCCUCAUUGGACGGCAGAAAACGGAUGGGAAUGAUCGAGAGACGAUACUCAAAGAUGAUCUUGAUAAUGUUGAGGGCAUCUCAGUGGAUUGGAUUGGCAACAACUUGUAUUGGACCAAUGAUGGCUACAGGAAGACGAUCAGCGUUGCGAGGCUGGAGAGAGCCUCCCAGACCAGGAAGACCCUUCUGGAGGGGGACAUGUCCCACCCCAGAGCCAUUGUUGUGGACCCUCUGAACAGCUGGAUGUACUGGACAGACUGGGAAGAGGAUGAGGUGAACGACAGCAUCGGCAGAAUAGAGAAAGCCUGGAUGGACGGAUCCAACCGGCACAUCUUCGUCACCUCCAACAUGUUGUGGCCCAACGGCCUGACUCUGGAUUACAGCACCAGCACCAUGUACUGGUGUGACGCCUACUACGACCACAUUGAGAAGAUUCACCUCAACGGAACUGGAAGAAUGGUGGUGUACAACGGCAAAGAGCUCAACCAUCCAUUUGGGAUCUCUUACUACCGUCACUCCAUCUUCUGGACGGAAUACAUGAACGCCUCAGUGUUCCAGUUGGACUUGUCCUCUGGGGAUGUCACUCUGCUACGCAGUGAAAGGCCCCCGCUCUUUGCCCUGCGUGUCUAUGAUGCCCAGAGCCAGCAAGGUGACAACGCAUGCAGGGUGAAUUAUGGGGGCUGUGGUACCCUCUGCCUCGCCAUCCCAGGAGGCAGAGUGUGUGCCUGUGCUGACAACCAGGCUCUAGAGAAGAACAAUGUCACCUGUGCAGACGUCUCCACCACGGGGCUGGAGCCACAGCGGUGUAAGAGCGACGAGUUCCAGUGUCAUAAUCAUCGCUGCAUACGGCUCUCGUGGAAGUGCGAUGGGGACGACGACUGUCUGGACGGGAGUGAUGAGGAGUCCCACAGCUGCUACAAUCACAGCUGUCCCAUUGAUCAGUUCAAGUGCAACAACAACCGCUGCAUCCCCAAAAGAUGGCUUUGUGAUGGCACAAACGACUGUGGCAACUAUGAAGAUGAAUCGAACGUCACAUGUUCAGCCCAGCCAUGCCAAGCUGACCAGUUCUCCUGUCAGAACGGUCGCUGCAUACCCAGCGCCUGGAGCUGUGACCGCGACGAUGACUGUGGGGACAUGUCUGAUGAGACAUCUUUGUGUACUUUCCCAACCUGUGAGCCCCUCACCCAGUUCAGCUGUUCCAACAGCCGAUGCAUCAGUGUGAAGUGGCAUUGCGAUUCAGAGGAGGACUGUGGCGACGGAAGCGACGAGUUGGGUUGUGUCCACUCCUGCUCUGAUACCCAGUUCCAGUGCUCCAGCGGCCGUUGCAUCCCACACCACUGGGCCUGUGACGGAGACAAUGACUGUGGCGACUUCAGCGACGAGAGCGCUACUUGUGGGGGGGCCUCUGCCAUUUUGCCCCCUGUCAUCGAGUGCAAUGGGGAGGAGUUUCACUGUGUGGUGGAUGGAACCUGCAUCCCGGAGCGCUGGAGAUGUGACGGAGACAAGGACUGCGAGGACGGCAGUGAUGAGACCGGCUGCGAGGGCACCAAGAGGAUGUGCGACCCUAAGGCCAAGUUCACCUGUAAAGACACCGGCAAGUGCAUCACCAAGAGCUGGGUGUGCGAUGGCGAUAUUGACUGUGAGGACCACUCGGAUGAAGAGUCCUGCGAGACAUCUGUCUGUAAGCCACCCAAGUACCCUUGUGCCAACGACACCGCCGCCUGCCUCACUCCUGACAAGAUCUGCAACGGCAAGGUGGACUGUGCCGACCGCUCAGAUGAAGGACCAAUUUGCGAUAAGUGUCUGGUAGCCAGGGGGGGCUGCAGCCACCAUUGUACGGUGGCACCGGGGAAGGGCGUGAUGUGCUCUUGCCCUCCGGGGCUCCACCUGGACGCCAGCAACAAGACGUGCGAGGCCGUGGACUACUGCAGCCACCACUUGAGGUGCAGCCAGGUGUGCGAGCAGUACAAGACCACGGUGAAGUGCUCCUGCUACCCGGGCUGGAGGCUCGACCCCGACGGAGACACUUGUCACAGCACAGAUCCCUUUGAGGCCUUCAUCAUCUUCUCCAUCCGUCACGAGAUAAGACGGAUAGACCUUCACAAGCGGGACUACAGCCUGCUGGUCCCAGGGCUGAGGAACACCAUCGCCCUGGACUUCCAUUUCAACGCCAGCCUUCUGUACUGGACAGAUGUGGUGGAAGAUAAGAUCUACAGGGGACGGCUGUCAGAAUCUGGCGGGGUGACAGGGAUUGAGGUGGUGGUGCAGCACGGCCUCGCCACCCCAGAGGGCCUGGCUGUGGACUGGAUUGCUAGCAAACUGUACUGGAUUGACAGCAACCUGGACCAAAUCGAGGUGGCCAAGCUGAAUGGGGACAUGCGCACCACGCUGAUCGCCGGAGGCAUGGAGCACCCACGGGCCAUCGCUCUCGACCCGGGGCAAGGGAUCCUUUUCUGGACUGACUGGGAUGCCACGUUUCCCCGUAUUGAGGCUGCAUCGAUGAGCGGAGGUGGCAGACACAUUGUGUUUAAGGACAUGGAGAUAGGGGCCUGGCCUAAUGGACUGACAUUGGAUCAUCUGGAAAAGAGAAUCGUUUGGACUGAUGCACGCUCCGAUGCCAUCUUCUCUGCACUCUAUGAUGGCAGUGGGGUCAUUGAGAUCCUUAGGGGCCACGAGUACCUGUCCCACCCCUUUGCCGUAUCCCUCUUUGGAGGCAGUGUCUACUGGACAGACUGGAGGACCAACACUCUGGCAAGGGCCAACAAGUGGACCGGGCAAAAUGUUACAGUCAUCCAGAAGACCAGUGCCCAACCCUUUGACUUGCAGAUCUUCCACCCCAGCAGACAGCCCCAAGCGUCCAACCCGUGUGAGGGGAACGGAGGCCGUGGUCCCUGCUCACACCUGUGUCUCAUCAAUUACAACCGCACUGCCUUCUGCACCUGCCCACAUCUCAUGAAGCUGUCCCCCAACAAGCAGUCCUGCUUCGCUCUGAAACGGUUCCUGCUGUACGUGCGGCGGUCCGAGAUCCGUGGCGUGGACGUGGACAACCCGUACAUGAACGUCAUGACGGCGCUCACGGUGCCCGACAUAGACGACGUCACCGUGGUGGACUACGAUGCCCUGGAAGAGCGGAUCUACUGGGCCGACGUCAAAACCCAGACCAUCAAACGGGCCUUCAUCAACGGGACGCGACUGGAGAGCGUUAUCUCCGGAGACAUCGUGAACUGCCGGGGUCUGGCUUUAGACUGGCUCUCCAGGAACUUAUACUGGCUCAGCUCUGAAAACGAUGAGUCACAAAUCAAUGUAGCCCGCCUUGAUGGGUCCCUGAAGACCUCGAUCAUCCACGGGAUUGAUAAGCCGAGGUGCCUUGUUGUGCACCCUGUCAAGGGGAAAACCUACUGGACAGAUGGCAGCACCAUCAACAUGGCCAACAUGGAUGGGAGUAACAGCAAGGUCCUCCAUCAGAACCAGAGGGAACCUGUCGGUCUCUCAAUAGAUUAUACCGCCAACAAGCUUUACUGGAUAAGCUCAACCAAUGGCACUAUCAACAGGUGCAAUCUAGACGGCAGCGGGCUGGAGGUGCUGGAGACUGUGAAGAAGGACUUGGCCAGAGGCACGGCGCUGGCCGUGAUGGGUGGCAAACUCUGGUGGGCGGAUGAUGAGCUGGCCCAGUUGGGAACAGUAAGCAAGAGAGACGGCCGGAACCCUGUGAUUCUGAGGAAUAAAACCAGCGGGGUGGUGCACAUCAAGGUGUAUGAUAGGGAAGGUCAGAAAGGCAGAAACCUGUGCCAGGUCAACAACGGAGGCUGCUCGCAGCUCUGCUUCCCCACGUCGGAGAACACCCGCAGCUGCUCCUGCACCGUGGGCUACAACCUGCUCACCGACCGCAUGUCCUGCGAGGGCGUCGACUCGUUUCUGAUGUACUCCAUCCACGAGGGGAUCCGAGGAAUCGCUCUUGACCCGAACGACAACGUGGAAGCUCUCAUGCCGAUCACCGGGACUCUGUUUGCAGUAGGAGUUGACUUCCAUGCGGGGAACGACACAGUGUACUGGACUGACAUGGGCCUGAACAGAAUCUCCCGAGCCAAGCGUGACCAGACGUGGAGGGAAGACAUCAUUACCACUGGCAUCAGCCGGGUGGAAGGCAUCGCCGUCGACUGGAUCGCUGGGAACCUUUAUUGGACGGAUCAUGGAUUCAACCUGAUUGAAAUUUCUCGUCUCAGUGGUGCAUACCGCUCGGUGGUCAUAUCUGAGGGACUCGACCAACCCAGGGCCAUUGCUCUCCAUCCUCAAAAAGGGUAUCUCUUCUGGACUGAGUGGGGCCAGAACCCCUGUAUAGGUCGCUCACGCCUAGAUGGCUCAGACCAGGUCACAUUGGUCAACUCGGGCAUCACGUGGCCCAAUGGCAUUUCCAUAGACUACGAGGAAAAUACAUUAUACUGGUGUGACGCUCGCACAGACAAGAUCGAGAGGAUCAACCUUGAGACUGGCGAGAGUCGGGAGAUUGUGCUGUCAGCGGCCAAUGUAGACCUGUUCUCUGUGGCUGUGUUUGGGCCUUACAUCUACUGGUCUGACAGGGCCCACUCCAAUGGUUCAAUUCGGCGAGGUUUCAAGACCGAUGCCACUGAGGCCGUGACCAUGAGAAGCGGCCUGGGGGUCAACCUGAAAGAUGUGACAGUCUUUAACAGAGGCCGGGAGAAAGGCACAAACCCGUGCGCCAGGAAUAACGGUGGGUGCCAGCAGCUGUGCUUCCACCUGGGCAGCGGCCGUAGGACCUGUGCCUGUGCUCAUGGCUUCUUGGCCGAGGACGGGUUUGCCUGUGAGCGCUACGAGGGUUAUCUCCUCUAUUCCGAGAGGACUAUACUUAAAAGCAUCCACCUUUUAGAUGAGAGUGACCUCAACUCACCCAUCCAGCCCUUUGAAAAUCCAAUUUUUUUCAAGAACAUCAUCGCCCUAGCCUUUGAUUAUAGUCAGAAGACGGCAGGUACCAACCGCAUCUUUUUCAGCGAUGUCCAUUUUGGAAAUAUCCAGAUUAUUAAUGACGACUGGACGGGAAGAUCAAUUAUAGCAGAAAAUGUGGGUUCUGUAGAGGGCCUGGCAUACCACCGGGCCUGGGACACCUUGUACUGGACCAGCUCCACCACCUCUACUAUUAGCAGGCAAACGGUAGACCAGAACCGAGCCGGUGCCUUCCAAAGACAGGCUGUGGUCACUUUAUCAGAGGACGACCAUCCCCAUGUCUUGGCCUUGGAUGAGUGCCAGAAUCUGAUGUUUUGGACCAACUGGAAUGAGCAGCGGCCCAGCAUCAUGAGGUCCACCUUGGCUGGCAACAGUGUGAGGGUUAUCAUCAGCACCGACAUCCUGACCCCCAACGGACUGACCAUUGACCACAAAGCAGAGAAGCUCUACUUCUCAGAUGGAAGCCUGGGCAGAAUUGAGAGAUGUGACUACGACGGCUCCAACAGAUAUGUCAUAGUAAAAUCAGGACCCGGGACUUUCUUCGGGCUGGCGAUCUAUGGGGAUUUUAUCUUUUGGUCGGACUGGGCUCGCAGGGCCGUGCUACGGUCGAACAAGUACACGGGCGGAGACACAAAAGUACUGCGGGCAGACAUCCCUCACCAGCCCAUGGGGAUUAUAGCUGUGGCUAGCGACACAAACAACUGCGAGUUAUCUCCGUGUCGACACAAGAAUGGAGGCUGCGGUGACCUCUGUCUGUUGACUCCAGAUGGGAGGGUCAACUGUACUUGCCGUGGAGAACGUGUGCUGUUAGACGACAACAGAUGUGUGUCAGAAAAUUCCUCCUGCAAUAUUCAUACCGAAUUUGAGUGUGGGAACGGAGAGUGCAUAAACUACCAGCUGACCUGUGAUGGAGUCGCUCACUGCAAAGACAAGUCUGAUGAAAAAAUGCAAUAUUGUGACCAUAGAAGCUGCAGGAGGGGUUUCAGGCCUUGCUACACUCAGCGCUGUGUAGCCAACAGCCGCUUCUGUGACGGGAUGGAUGACUGUGGCGAUAACUCUGAUGAGGUGUUCUGUAACAAUGCCACAUGCGGCUCGUCUGAGUCAUCGUGCCAAGACGGAAGCUGUGUGCCCAGCUCAGCCUGGUGCAACCAGGCCAUCGACUGUGCUGAUGCCUCGGAUGAGAAGAACUGCAACCACUCAGACUGCUCACACUUCUACAAGCUGGGGGUGAAAGAGACAGGUUUCAUCAGCUGCAACUCCACCUCGCUCUGUAUUCACCCCUCCUGGAUCUGCGACGGAGCCAACGACUGUGGAGAUUACGCCGAUGAGACCAACUGCCAGGUUUCCCAUGGGCACAAAUGUGAGGAAGGCCACUUUGCUUGUCCCAGCGGAAACUGCAUCUCCAGCGUUUGGCUGUGUGAUGGCCAGAAAGACUGCGAGGACGGGGCAGACGAAUUCCAGUGUGACUCGUCAUGCCUCUGGAACCAGUUCGCCUGCUCAAAGAACAAGUGCAUCGCCAAGCAGUGGCUGUGCGACGGGGAGAACGACUGCGAGGACGGCCUGGAUGAGAGCGUGCAGAUCUGCGGCUCGGUGACAUGUGCUCCAGGGCUCUUCAGCUGCCCUGGGUCAUACGCCUGUGUGCCCAAACGCUGGCUCUGUGACGGGGAGAGGGACUGCCCCGAUGGCAGCGACGAACUCUCUGCAGCGGGCUGUGCACCCAACAACACAUGUGAUGACAGCUCGUUUCACUGCCACAACAAAGCCUGCAUCCCCCAGCGGUUUGUCUGUGACCAUGAUGAUGACUGUGGAGAUGGUUCAGAUGAGUCCGUCGAAUGUGUCUAUCGCUCCUGCGGAUCAGAGGAAUUCCGCUGUAGGGACGGCCGCUGUCUUCUCAGCUCACAGUGGGAGUGUGACGGCUACGCAGACUGUCCAGACCACUCCGACGAGCUGCCACUGAACCUAAAGUGUCUGGCCGCGGGGAGUUUGUGCAAUGGCUCCUUCUUCAUGUGCUCCAACGGGCGCUGCAUCUCUGAGGGGAGCCUGUGUGAUGGGAGAGACGACUGUGGAGACCGCUCAGACGAGAGAAACUGCAACGUGAACGAGUGCCUGAACCGCCGAGUCAGUGGGUGCACACAGGACUGCCAAGACCUUCCUGUGGGAUUCAAGUGUAAGUGUUGGCCCGGCUUCCGCCUGAAGGACGAUGGGAGGACUUGUGUGGACAGCGACGAGUGCUCCUCCAGCCUCCCAUGCAGCCAGCGCUGCAUCAACACCUACGGCUCCUACAAGUGCCUUUGUGCAGAUGGCUAUGAAGCCCUGGAGCGCAACCCCAACACAUGCAAGGCUGUCUCAGCUGAAGAACCCUUCCUUAUAAUGGCAGAUCACCAUGAAAUCAGGAAGCUUAGCGUGGACGGCUCUAAUUAUACCAUUUUAAAACAGGGUCUUAACAACAUCAUCCACAUAGACUUUGACUACAGGAAGGAAUUCAUCUACUGGGUGGACUCAACCAGGCCAAGUGGUCGGAAAAUCAACAGAAUGCGCCUGAAUGGGAGUGACCUUAAGAUAGUCCAUAGAACAGCAGUGCCCAGCGCCUUAGCAGUUGAUUGGAUAGGGAAGAAUCUGUACUGGUGUGAUGUGGAGAGGAAAACCUUGGAGGUCUCUAAAGCCAAUGGCCUCUAUCCCACCGUCCUGAUCAGCUCUGGCCUCAGGAGCCCCACGGACCUUGCCCUGGACCCUCAGACUGGGUUUGUGUUCUGGGUGGACUGCUGUGACUCCCCUCACAUUGGCCGUAUUGGCAUGGACGGCCGAGGGCAGUCGGUUAUCAUUGACACAGAGAUCUAUAGCCCCACUGCUCUAACUAUUGAUUACACCAACAAGAGGCUGUACUGGGCGGACGACAACCACAUCCUGUUUGCCAGCAUGGAUGGCUCCCAGAGACACCGAGUGUCCUAUGAUCACAUCCAAGGGGUCAUGUCACUGACCCUGUUUGAGGACUUCGUCUACUGGACGGACGGGAAGGCCAAAUCACUCCGGCGGGCUCACAAGACAACGGGGGCUCAAGGGAUCGAGCUCCUGAAUUCCUGGCAAGCAAUCAAAUCCAUCAAGGUCUACCAUUCCCUGCGUCAGCCUGAAGUACCAAAGCACCAGUGUCAGGUGGCAAAUGGAGGAUGCAGCCACCUGUGUCUCCUCUCUCCCGGUGGCGAGCACAAGUGUGCCUGUCCCACAAACUUCUACCUGGCAGCUGACAAUAAGACAUGCCUCUCCAACUGCACUUCCAGUCAGUUUCGCUGCAGGACGGAUGAAUGCAUCCCGUUCUGGUGGAAGUGCGACACGGUUGACGACUGUGGGGACGGUUCCGACGAACCUGCCGACUGCCCGGAGUUCAAGUGUCAGCCCGGGCGUUUCCAGUGCGGCACGGGCCUUUGCGCGCUCCCUCCCUUCAUCUGCGAUGGAGAGAACGACUGUGGCGACAACUCGGAUGAAGCUAACUGUGAAACGUACAUCUGUCUUUCGGGCCAGUUCAAGUGCACCAGAAAACAGAAGUGCAUCCCUCUCAACCUGCGCUGCAACGGUCAGGACGACUGCGGGGACGGGGAGGAUGAAACCAACUGCCCGGAGAGCACAUGCUCACCAGAACAGUUCCAGUGCAAGGCCUCUAUGCACUGCAUCUCCAAACUCUGGGUGUGUGAUGAGGAUCCAGACUGUGCUGAUGGGUCGGACGAGGCUAAUUGCGAUGAAAAGACCUGUGGACCUCAUGAAUUCCGCUGCGAGAAUAACAACUGCAUUCCGGACCACUGGAGGUGUGACAGCCAGAACGACUGCGGAGACAACUCAGACGAGCAGAACUGCAAGCCGGUAACCUGUAACCACAAGGACUUUGCCUGUGCUAAUGGAGACUGCAUCUCGUCUCGAUUCCGCUGCGAUGGAGAUUAUGAUUGUGUGGAUAACUCAGACGAGAGGGACUGCGAGGCGCGCUGUGCAGAUGACCAGUUUCGCUGUCACAACAACCUUUGCAUCUCGCUGAAAUGGCUGUGCGAUGGUCAAGAGGACUGUAAGACAGGAGAGGAUGAGCGGAACUGCCAGGGGACAGCCGCCCCCUCGUGCUCCUUGAACGAGUAUGUCUGUGACAGCGGUGGGUGUGUGUCAGCAAGCCUCCGGUGUGACGGACACGACAACUGUCUGGAUGGUUCAGAUGAGAUCGGCUGUGUGAAGGAGUGCAGAGAGGAUGAGUUUUUGUGUCUGAACCGAGCCCACUGCAUACCCCGGCGCUGGCGCUGCGAUGAUGUGUACGAUUGUGUGGACCACAGCGACGAGGAACACUGCGGUCAGGGCACUUUCUUUUGCCGUGCUGAUGAAUUCGUUUGCAACAACACCUUGUGCAAGCUCCACACUUGGGUGUGCGAUGGCAAGGACGAUUGUGGAGACAACUCCGACGAAGACGCCGACAUGUGUGCCAAGCUGCCGUGCCCUCCCACCAGGCCUUUCCGCUGCAGGAACGACCGGGUGUGUCUGCGCAGCGAUCAAGUGUGCAACAAAGUGGAUGACUGUGGCGACAACUCGGACGAGGAGGAGUGCGAGGUCGUGGCCGGCAAACCUCGCCCUUGCGGCAAGACGGAGUUCACCUGCGGAAACCAGCGUUGCAUCCCGGCCCAGCUGCAGUGUGACCUCUUCAACGACUGUGGGGACAGCGGCUCGGACGAGCAGGACUGCAAGGCCUUUUCCAGCGGAGAUGUUUGCGGAAAGAAGACAAAUCCAUGCGGGGAGGAUGCGGUUUGCAAUCAAACGAAUGUUAAUACGAUAUGCCAGUGCAAGCCCGGCUUCAAGAGGAACCAGAAGACGGGCCAGUGUGAAGAAAUCAAUGAGUGUCUCCAGUUUGACACAUGUGCUCACUAUUGCACAAACACUAAAGGAUCUUAUAAGUGCACAUGUGAUCGCAAUUAUAAAGAGAUCAGUGGCAACUGCAUAGCCAAAGGACCAGAAGAACGAGUGCUCUACAUAGCUAAUGACACUGAAAUCCGAAGUUUUGUGUAUCCAUUUAACCAGAGCCAUGGACACAAACUACUCACUCGCAUCGAGGACAAUGCCCGCAUCAUCGGAAUGGAUGCUCUGGUUCACCACCAAAAGUUUAUCUGGGCUACCCAGUUUAACCCUGGUGGACUUUUUUACAAAGAAACCCUAGACAGAAGUCAAACUAAAACUAAUGUCAGAAACAUUUGUUCAGAUUUCCGUCGCCCAAGGGAUGUGUCUGCCGACUGGAUCACAGGCAACGUGUAUUGGACAGACCACUCUCGAAUGCACUGGUUCAGCUAUUACACAGCCCACUGGACUAAACUAAGGUACUCCAUAAAUGUGGGCCAGCUCAAGGGACCUAAUUGCACCCGCUUAAUUACCGACAUAGCAGGAGAACCUUAUGCCAUCGCUGUCAACCCAGCCCGAGGGAUGAUGUAUUGGAGUGUAAUAGGAGAUCACUCCCAUAUAGAGGAAUCAGCCAUGGAUGGCUCAUUGCGAAGAGUGCUCCUAGAGAAAAACCUCAGGAGACCCACUGGGCUGGCCAUUGAUUAUUUCAACCAGCGCUUGUAUUGGGCUGAUCCUGAGCUCUCAGAAAUAGGGAGCAUGAGAUUGGAUGGUUCGGACCCUCUGGUGACAAUCAGUGAAAGACACGGAAUCUCGCAGCCGUACAGAAUCGAUAUAUUUGAAGACUACAUCUAUGGAACUGAGCUGAAACAUGAGACAUUCAGGAUCCACAAGUAUGGCAAACAAUCUGUGGAAUUUCUCCAUUUGGGUGUGGAGAAGCCCACAAAUGUUUUGAUCUCUCACCGCUACAAACAACAAGAUGCGGCCAAUCCUUGCCUGAGAAUGACUUGUGACUUCAUGUGUCUGCUCAACCCAACGGGCGCCAAAUGCACCUGCCCAGAGGGGAAGGUGAUGGUCAACGGCACUUGCAGUGACGUCAAUAUCUCAGGUGAGCUGUGCCGACCCCUUUGUGAGAAUGGAGGGCGCUGCCUGGCCAAUGAGAAAGGAGACUGGAGAUGCUACUGCUGGCCAGACUUCUCAGGAGAGCGCUGCGAAGUCAACCACUGCACAGACUACUGCCUAAAUGGAGGCACUUGUGUGGGCUCACCCCUUGGUAAGCCCACGUGCCGCUGCCCGGUGGGCUUCUCGGGGGCGUUCUGCGAGCGGCGGGUGUGCGACAGCUACUGUCUGAACGGCGGCACCUGUGACGUCAGCCGGGGGAACCAGCCGCGGUGCCGCUGCAUGGCGGAGUACACCGGGGACCGCUGUCUGUACCACAUCUGUCAUCACUACUGUGUGAACUCCAAGGCGUGCACACUGUCCAGCAGCGGCUAUGUGGAGUGUGUGUGUCCUGCCAGAUUUGAGGGAAACAAGUGUGAGUUGGACAAGUGUGUGCGAUGCCACGGAGCGCCCUGCCUCAUCAAUGACGAGACAGGGGAUGUGGUUUGCAAUUGCACGAAUGGCAGGAUAGCAGCCAGCUGUCAGCUGUGUGAUGGAUACUGCUACAAUGGAGGCACCUGUCACCUGGACCCUGACACCAACCUGCCUUUCUGUCACUGCACGUCAGGGUUCAAGAACCAACGUUGUGACGAGCUGGCCAACCCGUGUGAUUACUUCUGUCAGAACGAGGGGAUAUGCACAAUAACAGCCCUUAACAAACCACGCUGCAAGUGCUCAGCCAACUGGUCAGGAACGCAGUGUGAAAGGCCCGCACCGAAGAGCAGCAGAUCAGACAACACCACUGGAGGGAGCAUAGCUAUCAUUGUGCCGCUGGUGCUGCUGGUCAUCUUGAUUGUGACUGUGGUGGCAGGAGUUUUCAUCUGCAGACGGAGGCAGAGGGGAAAGCGUGUGCAGAGGCAGCCCAUGACAAAUGGGGGGAUAAACGUGGAAAUCGGUAACCCGUCAUACAACAUGUACGAAGUGGACCAUGACAACCACGCAGACGCAGGCAGCCUACUGAGACCCAACUUCACACUGGACCCUCAUAAGGGCUGGUGUGUAAAGUCCAGCGACCCUCACACCUUGGGGAUACAUACUGUGCCCAAGGAGGUUAUCCCUGGACAGCCCAUGAACUACUCCAACCCGGUGUAUGCAAAGAUAUACCUGGACGGACAGAACUGUCGCAAGCCGGUCAUCAAUAUCGACGAGAGGAGAGAGCUGCUCCCAAAGAAGCUGGAGGGGACGAUCCGUGAAACCGCCGCGUAG